UUCCUUACGGAGCGUCCAUCCACGUCAUCAUGCGAAGGCCGUGGGCCUACAGAUUUCGAUUGGCAUAAUGACCAGAACAAAAAAUGGGUUAAAACCUAUAAGAGGGAAAACAUUGCCAUUAAAUGUUGAACCCCUGUGGUCAUCAAAACACAUUUUGCCAGCUGCUAUAAAAAAACAGCAAAAUUUUAAUCAAGACACGAUGUACAAUGGAGAAUAUGUCCUGGUCUAUCCUGAUGGCUCUCAGGUUCAAAAUAUACCAGGCACAGACAGACCUUUUGUCCUUGAACAUUAUAAAGAGGCCAUUGGAAAAGCUUACCAGAGGAUCGUACUGUACAUCUGCCCCCUUCAGGAUUUGAGUCAUGGAGAUGACUCAUCUUCAGAAUCCGAUGAUGAAGCAUUUGCUAGGCUUCCAAUGAAAAUGUCACCAAAACAAUGUCCACCAACAAUGUCCAGGGCAUCUGAUGGGCAAGCCAACGGAGCAGGAGCAGGACCCAAAAACACCACAUCAUGUGACUUCUACAACACAUAUACCAAGAUCUAUGCACCAGUUGUCAUUGACAGCAGUUGCUCUGAUGUUGAGGAAGUAGAGAAUUUUCAGGAGGAAGACAGAGACGCAGAUAUUGGACUGACGGCUGCAGACAUUCUGUCAAAUCUGUCACACAACAUAAACACAAAAAGCUGUAGCAGGUUAAAUAUAAACCGUGCUAAUGUCUGGGAUGGUGCUCUGAGGGGAUUCAAACGUUCCUCAUUUGACCCCACCUGUAGCCUUUUGGUCAAAUUCACUGAUGACAUCGGGCAAACAGAGGAGGCUGUGGACACAGGAGGGCCCACUGGGAAUUUCUGA